AUGGCAUCUUUCCGCUCCAUGCUCGGCCUCGCGCCCUCCAAGGCGUCUACAGACGACAGCGUCCUCCUCAUCAUCGAUGCGCAGAACGAGUACGCGUCCGGCAAGCUGGCCGUCCGCGACGUCGAAGCGUCGCGGGCCAAGAUUGCCUCGCUGCUGGAGAAGUACCGCGCAGCCAAUGCCCCCCUCGUCCACGUCGUCCACGGCACGCCCGAGGGGGCCCCCAUCUUCACGCCGGGCACAGCGCUGGCCGACGAGUUCCAGGAGUUGACGCCGCGCAGUGGCGAGUCGGUUGUCACCAAGAACUUUCCUGGGUCCUUUACCCAGACGAACCUGCACGAGCUGCUCCAGAAGACGGGGCGGAACAAGGUUGUCGUGACGGGUUACAUGGCCCACGUGUGUGUCACCAUGACCUCGCGCCAGGCCAUGGAGAAUGGGUACGACGUGGUGAUCGCGGGUGAUGCCGUUGGUGAUCGCGACAUCCCAGGCGUCAAGGGGGACGAGCUGACGAGGACGGUUCUCGCCGAGCUGGCGGAUGCCAUUGGGACCGUUGUGCAGAGCGACGAGAUUGCGUAG